AUGCAUGUUGCUGAAUUUCUAAACCGAACCAAUCGACGCAAUCGAAAUGCCCAAAUAGAAGGCAAAGUGCAGCGGCGACUUGGAGAAUGUGCCAGGGAUUUGGAACAGCGCCGCCGCCAGCUGGCAGAGCAGCUGAACAGCGAGCAGCGCCAGCUGGACGAGGAGCUGGCGGAGCUGCUGCAGGCGCGUCUCGAAGCAGCGCAAAAUCAGCGCAUCGAAUGGAUACAAAUGGCGCUGAUGAGAGGCGAGCGGGAGGAGCAGGAGCUGCUCCAGCUGAAGCAGCAGCAGCGCGAGAUCGAAAACUCGGAGAAGCAUCGUGAGUCGGAAACGAAGCAAAUUCUCUUGGAGACCAAACGGGCGCAACUCUAUCAGAUUGAGGAGCGCAAGGAACUGCGCCGCCGGGCAGCCUACCUCGAUUCGCUCUGGCAACAAUACACAAAGUAA